UCCCAGGCUCUUCGGUAUUCUCUAUCUCCCUGGGCGCGCCCGUGAGCGUGGGUCACCGUUUAGAAAUAGAAAAGGCUCCCUACCCCUUUCUCUCCCGCAAUCUUUUCCUCCAUUUUCACUGAAAAACAAGCUACUACUACUAAAUUACAGUUCGUACAGAGUAAUCCGAAUAAUAUUUCUCUCUCUGCGUGCGUGCGUGUGCCGGUGUGUGUGUCAAGACCAAGAAGCCGAUAAAAGGGUGUGUUUGGAGUGUAGAUCAGCAGAAUUCAUUUCCCAAACUUUUUUGUUUCGGCGGAAAAAAGAAAUGGAAGGAGCAAUACAUCCAACGGACACAUCGGCUUUCAGGGACUGUUUUUCCCUAGCCUGGAGAAACCCAUAUGUACUCCGUCUCGCUUUCUCUGCUGGAAUUGGUGGCCUUCUCUUUGGCUACGACACUGGGGUAAUAUCAGGGGCGCUUUUGUAUAUCAGAGAUGAUUUCAAGGCUGUGGAUAAGGAGACCGUAUUACAGGAAAGCAUAGUAAGCAUGGCAGUUGCCGGAGCGAUCGUCGGAGCAGCAGUCGGCGGGUGGUUGAACGACCGAUAUGGAAGAAGAACAACAAUCCUGAUUGCUGAUUUCCUCUUCUUCAUUGGAGCUGUGAUCAUGGCUGCAGCUCCAAAUCCAUCUCUUCUCAUCGUUGGACGGGUUUUUGUCGGUCUCGGUGUCGGAAUGGCGUCGAUGACAUCCCCUCUGUACAUAUCGGAAGCUUCUCCGGCGAAAAUCCGUGGUGCAUUGGUCAGUACAAAUGGGUUCUUGAUCACUGGUGGGCAGUUCUUAUCUUAUCUUAUUAACUUGGCCUUUACCAAGGCUCCAGGGACAUGGCGAUGGAUGCUAGGAGUUGCCGGAGUUCCAGCUUUGGUGCAAUUCAUUCUGAUGCUCCUGCUUCCAGAAUCACCCCGUUGGCUUUACCGCAAGGGUAGAGAAGAAGAAGCCAAGACCAUUCUAAGGAAAAUAUACCCAGCAGAGGACGUGGAAGCCGAGAUCCAAGCCCUAAAGGAAUCAGUCGAAACAGAAAUUCAAGAAAAGGGUUCUUCCGAAAAGAUCAACUUUGUGAAACUUUUGAAAACGAAAACAGUAAGAAGAGGACUAAUAGCCGGAGUAGGACUCCAAGUAUUCCAGCAGUUUGUGGGCAUUAACACGGUCAUGUACUACAGCCCCACCAUAGUUCAGCUAGCUGGUUUUGCAUCUAACCAAACAGCCCUCCUCCUCUCUCUUGUCACCGCAGGGCUCAAUGCCUUGGGCUCCAUUGUGAGCAUAUAUUUAAUUGAUAGGACGGGAAGGAAGAAGCUUCUGGUUUUCAGCUUGUGUGGUGUUAUUAUUUCGCUUGGUGUUUUGUCGGCAGUAUUUCAUGAGACUACAACUCACUCACCUGCUGUUAGUGCAGCUGAGACAGCUAGUUUUGGAGGGUAUAUGUGUCCAGAUUACAAUUCUGCUGGAAGUUCUGGUGGAAACUGGGACUGUAUGAAGUGCUUGAAGGCCUCUUCUCCUGAUUGUGGGUUCUGUGCUUCAUCAACUAAUAAGCUGUUACCCGGAGCCUGUCUGAUCUCAAACAACACCGUGAAGGACACCUGUCACGAUGACCACAAGCUGUGGUACACAAGGGGGUGUCCAAGCAAGUAUGGGUGGCUAGCUCUGAUUGGCUUAGCCCUCUACAUCAUAUUCUUCUCUCCCGGAAUGGGCACAGUGCCAUGGAUUGUCAACUCUGAGAUAUACCCACUAAGGUUCAGAGGGGUCUGUGGGGGGAUAGCUGCCACAGCAAACUGGAUUUCUAACCUCAUCGUCGCACAGUCGUUUCUCUCGUUGACACAAGCGAUUGGGACUUCGUGGACGUUCCUCAUAUUCGGAGUCAUAUCUGUUGUGGCGUUGUUUUUUGUGCUGAUUUUUGUGCCAGAGACCAAGGGGCUUCCAAUCGAGGAGAUUGAGAAGAUGUUGGAGAAGAGAGUGUUGCAGUUGAAGUUUUGGAAGAAGAGGGGUGAUUCAGAACUCAAGAAGAAUCAAAAUGUGUGAGAAAAGAAGAGUGGGGGAAAGGGUAAUUGCCUAGCUAGCUAGCUAGAUUGCUAUUAGUUUGUCUUAAGAAUGCUGAUAUAAAGUCUCAGGACUCAGCUUCAAUGUGUGGGGAUAUACUUGUAAAUUCUCAGAUGUAUCCCAUUGGCAUUGCUUGAACGUAAAACUAAUCAACAUAUAUUAGUUAUUUACAUGAUUUCAGUUC